ACUUACCUAUAUGUUUGCGCAUAAUCAUGUAGGCCUACUGUAAUAGUUGAUGAAAACGAGACAAUCAGCUUAAAUGAACACGGCUCUCCAUGACAACUAUUCUAUUCAUGUGAUGAAAUUCUUCCAUUUUCAUGGCUCAGGAUAUUUGAAAUAUCCCGCAUACGUACAGUGCAUCAUAAAAGAUGGGCGACACCCACGAAAGACGGUCCUUGGAAAGGCGUGCAUAAAUUAUAUCGGCCCCAAGAUAUGUGUACACAAUUAUUGCUUUGAUGACAACAAUGGCAGGAUUCCAUAAAGUAUUCAUCACGGGAUUUCAGUUGCUCAUGUAUGCAGCAUUUAGCUCAUCGCUGGCAUGGCAACAUUAUUGUCAAUGCUCAACCUUUAGUAUGCAGUCAGAUAGCAGCUCUGAACUCGAGCUUCAAGGACGUUGUACCUGUCCGGAAUAUGGCAUCAUUCCUGAAAAUAUUCUUCAGAAUAUUGAGAAACUAGAGCUGGGUUACUCACAACGAGUCAUCCUCAGCAGUGGCAACAUUCAGAAAUUCCAUCAGAUAAAGGAUCUAAAUAUAUCAGGCAUGCAGUACAUUGAGCCGGGUGGUCUUCAGGGGUUAGAGACCUUGCAGACCCUAGUCCUGUCCAACUACUACAUGCGCGUCUUGGAAAGCGAGGUCUUUACUGAUCUCAAAUUGACAAAGCUUGUAAUUGAAGGCACAUCUCUAAACAAGAUUCAUGCUCUUGAAAACGGGACGUUUCUCGGUUUGAACAACUUAAAUCGUCUUGAUAUGAAAUGCAAUGGCAUCACGGACAUUUCUGAAGAGCAUUUUCGCGGUCUAGAGAAUCUGGGUGUCAUUUAUCUGAAUGAGAACAAAAUCACGCACAUCAAAGCAGAUACUUUCAUCCACGCACCAGUAUUGACUGAAAUACAUCUAUCGGAUAAUCAAAUUUCAGAGAUUCAUCAUCAUGCAUUUGAUGGCUUGACAAGAUUGGCGAAAGUGGUGUUGGAUGGGAACAGCAUCAAAGGAAUGCCUCAACCUGUGCCUGUCCCUGGAUCUAUGGUGGACUCUAAUCAUGCAAGACACGUGACCAUCUUACUUGAUGAUAAUCCACUACGAUGUGACUGCCACCUGAAUUGGAUCGCAUCCUGGCUAGAUGCGGGUCAGGAGUGCCAUGGGCGCUGCCUCACACCAAGCAAAUGGGCCGGCUUUACCCUGGAGCAUGUGUACAAAGACGGUCUACCACAGUGCCAACCGAACAACACCGUCCAGUCAGUGCAGCCGGGAAAGCAAUUGGAACUUACUUGUUCCAUUACUGGUGCUUCUUGGGUGAUUCCAGAUGGACAUACCUUCAAAGAACAUGGUGAUUGCCAAGAUCAGUUUUGCUUAACCAACAGAGAUUCUUUGGUGAUCUGGAGGACAUCCCCUGAGCUAUCUGGCAAUUACACCUGCCUUUCUCCAGAUGGUACUCGGGCGUUCUUUUACGGGGUUGAUGUGGAAGAAUCGAGUGCACGUUUCUCUGUUUCAAUGAUUGCUGGAUUCGUAGUAGGUGGAUUUUUACUUUUUGUUAUCACCAUUGUAGCUGCAUAUAAGCUGCGUGCGUCAAUAAACCCACCUCCAGAACCGCAGCCUCCGGAACUGCAGCCUCCGGAACCACUGCCUCAAGAACAGCCACCUCCAGGAAACCCAGUUCGUGAAAACCCAGGUCCUGCAAACCCACCAGAAGAACAUGAAGAUGGUGAUCAAGUUCUGCUAUUGGCAGGCAAAAAGGAUGGAAGCUCAUCAGAUUCCAUGAAGAAAUACAAUUCCAUAGGGAUAAUCUACAAUAAAGAUUCUUUUUAUCAUAAGGAAAAUGUCAACAUCUUUUGUAGCAACUCUGCAUGAAAAGCAUCUGCUUUUCAUUAUCAAGAUGAAAGUUGAUAUGUAAAUAUUCAUUUGCAUCAAAACUAUUUUGUUUAACGAACUGGCCUAAACCAGAAAUGUCAUGAAUAUUUUACAUUUACAUUUUCUAAUUUAGAUUUUUUAACAUUUUAAUCAAAAUUAACUGACAUAUAUUGUAAAUUAUGUUUAUUAUACAACCGUUGAUUUAAAACGAAUUCAUAUCAACUGCUAUUAGGGGCCAAUCUGAGAGAUUAAAGUUACAACUUCAGGGGUGCCCAACUGUCCACAUCCCCAUUUUCGUCAAAGCGUUCUGUACCUAAUACUCUGUUGGCCAUCCUCACUAUAUGCAGAGUUAUUUUCCUGUGCUUUGUACAUGUAUAGACCAGACCCAUAUUGCUUGUAUUCAGACCUUGCAUUCAUUGUUAUGGCAACCAGGCUUUUGCAGGAUCUCUUCUUAAUUUGGAAUACUCUCCAUUCAAGAUGCACCCAGUACUGGCGCACCUUAAAGAGAAGACUUGCCUCUUAUAAUUUUUCUCGUUAUUCCACCUUGGAACUUAAGUUCAACUUUAAGUUACACUUAGCUGCUUGUGAAACACCUUUAGGAUUGGUAUAUAUAUAUAUACAGUUAAGGCCGAAAGUUUACAUACACCCAUGGAAUUCAGUGAAAUUGGUUUCUUUGCCAAACAUCGUAAAAUUUACUACAUCUUCAGAAAUAAAAAUACUACCAUGACGAAUUUGGUUUAAAAUGAAGAGUAUAUUAAGCUCUUACACAUUAUUGGGAUGCCGCUAGGAUUAAAGUAAAUUUCAGUUGGAUUUUUUUUAAAGAAAAAAAAGUAAUAUUCGUGCCAAAUGUAUGCGAUUGUUUAUUAUAUUUUCAAACAUUGUUUCAUAGGAGUAUAUAAAUGUCAAAUCUAUGAUUUAUAUUACUUUUUCUAUCAUGAUAUGUCACCACUGAACAAAAAGUAUAAUCUGAAAUGUUUGUGUUGAGAAGUAACUAGCACAAAUAUGAAAUGUUUUUGUCAAGUUUUUAUUUCUAAUUUGUCUGCAAUAUGAAGAUUUUUUGGGGAAAAAAUUGACACCUAAAUAUUUUUCAGCUCCUGAUGACAAAGCAAUGUGAUGAAGGGGCAUGACAUACUCAUUUGUUUGAUAUCAAAUUUGUCAUGAUCGCACAAAUAUUUUGUAAGAUACAGUAAA